UUUUUUUUCAGUGCCAAUAAGUGCUCAUACACCAUAUUACUAUUCGGACUGUGGUACCUUUGAACGAGCGAUUAAUCAGUACGCUAUACCGCUUUUACAGUUGCUCUGUUUGGCCGGCAACUUUUCCAAUUUGUUGAUCUAUCGGCUACCGUAUUUUGAUGGCAGUGCUUCUGUACAUUUUUUACGGGCCAAAGCAAUUGCAAAUAUCAUCUUUGUACAGUCCAGAAUUUUUGAGGUAAUUCAUGCCUGGACUAUACAGCCUGACGUGUAUUUUGAACCUAUUUACUGGAAAACAAAGCCUUAUUUGAUGACGAUUGCAAACAUCAGUGGCACCAUAUCUACCUGGAUGACACUGUUGGUGACAAUUGAAACCGUACUCUGUGUAUUGUUACCGUUUGCAUUUCGGCAUUAUUGUACCCGAAAGCUUAGUGUGGUGCUACUAAUUUCGUCUUUUUUAAUUAGUUCUGGUGUACAUCUGACAUUUAUUUUUACGCACGUCGUAGAGGCUUCACCGGCGUUCUUAGAAUUUAAAUUUGAUUCUGUGCCAUGCUAUUGGUUUGUAAAAGCCUAUAGUAUGCAUAUUAUUAACGAUCAAGCUUAUAAGCUUUAUGAAAAACUUUAUUAUUGGACACAAAUGGCUCUAUCUAUAGUGCUUCCGACAGUAACUAUGCUUAUUUGCUCUAUAUUAGUCAUAACCAGGUUUACAUUUAAGGAACUUGGUAAAUCAUUCAGUCAACGUCGUAGAUGUGUAAUUAUGAUGACCGUUUCAACGACCAUGUCCCAUUUAUUACUGGAAGGUCCGGCAUCGCUCACAUUUGGAAUUGCUGCCAUUAAAGGUACGGGUGAUAUGAAGAUUAAUUCGACAAUGUGUAUGAUAAAUCACAGUAACAAUUUGUUGUCAAUUAUUAAUGCAACAAUACCAUUUUUUGUAUAUUUAAUUUGUAAUAAGCAAUUUCGUUGUAUGGCAUCAGUAUUUAUUACUGCAAUGUGCAGUACAAAUCCGUCACAUAAAAGGAUUCUGUUGGCACAGGCAUGUGCACGAACUCGUUCAAUUACCACAAGACGAACGGAACGGAAGACUUCAUUGGUACAAUUAACUUAUCGAUCCUAA